GUAUGUUGUGAGGUUGGUAUUUUCGUUGGAAAAUAAAUAUGUUUCUUGUUCGGCUUCUUCUUCCAGCUUCAAUCGUCAUGACCGUUUGCUUUGCAACUUUUGCUUCCGGAGCCCCUGAUCAACUGCCCCCUGAUGAAGUGCAAGCUUUACGUGACAUAUUCAAUACGUUGGGGAAGAAUGACGACUGGGACUUCUCUAACCCAUGUAAUAGUACUGGACUAACAACGGACGACAUAAAAGAGAACACUGUUGCUAUUAACUGCAGCAACUGCCCCUUCGUCAAUGGCAACGAGUCGUACCAAGUUGUGGGCAUAUUUCUCAAGGGACAGAGUCUAUCAGGCAGGCUUCCUCCAAAUUUGGAGAAGUUACCUUGCUUGCAAGUACUUGACCUCUCUCGCAACUAUCUUAACGGUUCAAUCCCUCCGACAUGGGGCUCCGCGAAGCAACUGACAGAUAUUUCCCUUUUAGGAAACCGGUUAACGGGUCGUAUCCCCGGAGAUCUUGCAAAAAUCACAACUUUGAAAAGCUUGACGGUCGAGUUCAAUCAACUUUUUGGAAAUCUUCCUCCAGAGCUUGGGAAUAUGUCCUUCUUAGAAGAAUUUAAACUCAGCUCGAAUAAUUUUACUGGGGAGCUACCUCUUUCAUUUGCAAACUUGAUCUCAUUGCAAGAUUUCGACAAUCAAUUUUCUGGACAGAUUCCCAGUUAUAUUCAAAAGUGGAAAAAACUCACUAAACUAUUUAUUCAGGCAAGUGGUUUGAGGGGACCAAUUCCUAGCCUUGAUCUCUUGGAAAACUCAGGAAUUGAAUUGAGAAUCAGUGACUUGAAUGGAUCUGAUCAAGCACCUUUUCCACUGAAAAACAUUAACGUAACGAAAUGGAAAAUACUGAUAUUGAGGAAUUGCAAUCUUACCGGACGGCUACCCAAUGCAACAUUAAUAUCUUCCGUGGCUAAGAAAUCAUUGUCAACCUUAGAUCUCAGCUUCAACAGUCUAAGUGGAGAUAUUCCAGAGAGCUUUGGAAGCUCACUACAAAGAGUAGAACGCAUAUACUUAACCGGCAACUUGUUUACUGGACCAAUACCUACUUGGAUACUGGAUGGAAAUAAAAAAAUCGAUCUUUCAUAUAACAAGUUUACAAAUAUUCCUGAAGGAUCGGAAUUAUCAUCAAAGUGUCAACAUGGGGAUGGGAUUAACUUGUUCGCAAGCUCUUCGAUGGACAAUGAAACCAAUAUUGUUUCGUGUUUGAGGAGUAGCUCGCGCUGUCCCAAAAAUGGCCGGUACAAGCUUCAUAUAAACUGCGGCGGAGAAGAAGUAACUGUUAAUAACAAUAUUAAAUUUGAUGCUGAUACAAAUCCAGGGGGAGCUUCAGAUUUCGUCCGUUUAAAAGAGGACUACUACUGGUCAUUUAGCAGCACUGGUCAAUUCAUAGAUGAUAACCGCCCUAUAAAAGCUUUCAUUUUGUCAAAUUCGACCGAACUGAUCUCUACGGACACGACCGAUCUAAGACUGUACAUGAAAGCGCGCUUUUCUCCUCUCUCUCUUACUUACUAUGCCUUUUGUUUGGUAAGAGGGAAUUACAGUGUAAGGCUCCAUUUUGCAGAAAUAGUGUUCACUGAUGAUGAAACGUUUAGCAGCUUGGGAAGACGUGUAUUUGAUGUUUACAUUCAGGGAGAGCGAGUGCUGAAGGAUUUCGAUAUUGUAAAAGCGGCAGGUGGGGUUCGUAAGCCAAAUAUACAACCUUUUAAUGCUGUCGUGACUAAUAGUGGUACCCUGGAGAUCCGUUUCUACUGGGCUGGGAAGGGGACAACUGAUAUCCCAUCCAAAGGAGACUACGGUCCUCUUAUUUCAGCCAUUUCUGCGGAAUCUCAUGAAAUCCCUCCAAGUACACCUACAGAUGAAAUCACUUCAACUAUACCUAAAGGGGCAGUGGUUGGAAUUAUCGUUGCCGGAGCUUUUCUUAUAAUAUUAUUUAUUGUGGCUAUACUCUGGUGGAAAGGUUGUCUAGGACAAAGAUCAACUGCUACUGAACAUGAUUUAAGAGGCCUAGACAUGAAAACUGGAACAUUCACCUUAAGGCAAAUCAAAACAGCCACAAACAACUUUGAUGCGGCGAAUAAAAUUGGGGAAGGUGGUUUUGGUUCUGUUUAUAAGGGCGUUUUGUCUGAUGGCACCAUGAUGGCAGUCAAACAGCUUUCUUCCAAAUCAAAGCAAGGAAAUCGUGAGUUUUUGAAUGAGAUCGGCAUGAUUUCUGCUUUGCAACACCCUCAUCUUGUAAAGCUCUAUGGAUGCUGUGUUGAAGGAAAUCAAUUGUUGCUGGUAUACGAGUACAUGGAAAAUAAUAGUCUCGCUCGUGCUUUGUUUGGGCCAGAAGAAUAUCAAUUACAAUUGGAUUGGCCAACAAGACAUAGGAUUUGUGUUGGUAUAGCAAGAGGUUUGGCCUAUCUCCAUGAAGAAUCAAGAUUGAAGAUUGUCCAUAGGGACAUCAAGGCCACGAAUGUCUUGCUUGAUAAAAAUCUCAACCCUAAGAUAUCCGACUUUGGUUUGGCCAAGCUUGAUGAAGAGGAUAAUACCCACAUCAGCACCCGAGUUGCUGGAACUUAUGGUUAUAUGGCACCUGAGUAUGCGAUGCGAGGCUAUUUAACUGACAAAGCAGAUGUUUAUAGUUUUGGAAUAGUCGCCUUGGAAAUUGUCAGUGGGAAGAGCAACACGAGUCAUCGGCCUAAGGGGGAAUCUCUACAGCUUCUUGAUUGGGCACUUGUUUUAAAAGAGAAAGGAAAUCUAUUGGAUUUGGUUGAUCCAAGAUUAGGCUCAAACUACAUGAAGGAAGAGGUAAUGCGUUUGAUUAAUGUGGCUCUCCUAUGCACUAAUGUUUCUGCAGCAGUUAGGCCUACCAUGUCCUCAGUGGUGAGCAUGCUUGAGGGCAGCGCUGUUAUUCCUGAGUUGGGUCCAAAUUUAAGUAUCAUAGAUGAUGAAAUGAAAGUGAAGGCACUGUGGGAGCAUUUUCAAGAUAAGAAAGAAUCGAGUAGGUCGGAAAAUAGCCAGACCCAAAGUUUAUUAAUGGAUGAUCCAUUCACGGGUUCUUCUACAUCCGCUGUUGAUCUAUAUCCAAUCAACGUGGAAUAUUCUAGUUAUUGGGAGAAAAGAGUUUAGAUAAAUGAGGGAUACUGCUGAUCUUCAUGCUUAGUUUGCCGUCUUUAAUCGUGCAUUAAUUGUUGUGACAUAUUAUGUGGUGUACUUAAAUGAAAAGUCACAUUAUUUAAUAAGUUCUCUUGGAUUAUGUGGCGUAAUAAAUGUGAGUUGCUAGCAUAGGCAUCUGAAAACUGUAAACUUUUAUAUGUGAUACUGAUAUGGGAUUAUAUUUGAAUUGGGACAUAAUCUUUAUGUUUUACAAUUUACAUUUCCUGAUUUUCAUGUU